CCGCCAUUAGGAAGCUACCGGAGGGGCGUGUUUUAAACAGCCCACCGAGUUGGCUGGGUGGGAACUGAACACGCCGUUUCUUUUGUUCCGACGGGACGUCUGAUCUGCUGCUGCGGGCGCACCGACUCUCAGAGGAUGGCGUGAGCUCGGAGUUGCUCAGCUGUCAGUGAUGGAGGACCUCUGGUGCGUGGCUGUCGGUGCUUUCCAGGCGUGGAUGUUUGUGGUGGUGUUCCUCAUCAUGCUUCCUGCCAUGUUCGGCCUCUCUCUGGGGGUCACCGGGGUCUACAUCCAGAUCCUGGUCAAAAUCCUGGAGUGGGCCACGUUACGAAUCCAGAGGGGACGUCGGGAGCAGCCCAGCGUGCCCGUGCCUCUGCCCAAUGGGAUCAUUGAGCGAGCGGGGGGCUCGAUGGAGGAGGAGAUGGGGCAGCUGCGGAGCUCCCGGGCCCUGGCGGGGGGCGAGUUUGCUCUGAGCGACGCCUUCUACUUCUGCAAGAAAGGUUUGGAGAGCAUUGCGGACGACCAGGUGACCCAGCGCUUCUCCUCGGAGGAGCUGGCCUCCUGGAACCUCCUCACCCGAACCAACCAGAACUUCCGCUACAUCAGCCUCCGCCUCACCGUCAUCUGGGGCCUCGGCGUCUUCGUGCGCUACUGCGUCCUCUUCCCUCUCAGGAUUACUUUGGCCAUCAUCGGCCUCUCGUGGCUCUCGAUCGGAACGAUUCUGGUCGGAUUUCUGCCCGAGAGCAGUGUGAAGAACUGGCUGAGCGAGCUGGUCCAUCUGACCUGCUACAGGAUCUGUGCCAGAGGACUGUCAGCCACCAUCCAUUACCACAACAAAGAAAAUAAGCCUCAGAAAGGAGGAAUCUGUGUUGCAAAUCACACGUCACCGAUCGAUGUUGUGAUUCUGGCCAAUGACGGCUGCUACGCCAUGGUGGGUCAGAUUCACGGAGGUCUGAUGGGGGUCAUUCAGAGGUCGAUGGUGAGGUCGUGUCCUCACGUUUGGUUCGAGAGGUCCGAGAUGAAAGACCGCCACGCCGUGACCAGCAGGCUGAGAGCUCACGUCGCAGCUAAGACCAAACUUCCCAUCCUGAUAUUUCCUGAAGGAACCUGCGUCAACAACACCUCGGUCAUGAUGUUUAAGAAGGGAAGCUUUGAAAUUGGAGGCACGAUAUACCCGGUCACAAUCAAGUACGACCCUCGGUUUGGUGACGCUUUCUGGAACAGCAGCAAAUACAACAUGGUCAGCUACCUGCUGCGGAUGAUGACCAGCUGGGCCAUCGUGGUCAACGUGUGGUACCUGCCUCCCAUGACCCUACAGGACGGCGAGGAUGCAGCUCAGUUUGCCAACAGAGUGAAAUCUGCCAUCGCUCGUCAGGGAGGACUGCUGGACCUGGCAUGGGACGGAGGACUGAAGAGAGGAAAGGUGAAGGAUUCGUAUAAAGAGGAGCAGCAGAAGAUGUACAGCAGCAUCGUCGUCGGACAGAACGGCUGAAGACAGAGGAGCAGGAGUGAUGCUGGACAGCCGCCCGGUGAUAUGUGAAGUGUUGAACUCCGUGUGUUCGGAAAGCUGAAUCUGCAGGAAACCUCAAACACAGAAGCUGCAAGCGUCAGUCGGCCUGUUUCAGACUCUUUUUUUACUCGCUCUGAAAGUCUUAUCUUACAGUUUUUACACUGUCUGACUCCGGCGCUCAGCCUCAGAGCUCAGAUCUACUCUUUGUUUUCAUUUUCCUCACGUCCUGAGUGUGUGUGUGUGUGUGUGUGUGUGUGUGUAGGAGUGUAUUUCCACCAGCAGGGGGCAGUGUGUGACAACACAACUAUCCUGCUCAUCCUUUCCUCCUCCUCCUCCUCCUCCUCCUCCUCCUCCUCCUCCUCGUUGAAGACUGAAAACACUUCACCUGUUAUCAGACGUCUUCACACAGAAGUGUGUGUGCUGGACCGACAGCAGUGAUGCGUCCAGAAGCCUCGUCAGUGUGAACACGUCAGACGUUUUAAAUGUUGUUGUUUUUUAAACCAAAUGUCUGUUGUUGUAAGCUUCUCUUUUACCUGUGCGGAUCUCUGUGGACAGACACACCUAUAUUCACCUCACCUCUGUUUAUUUCAUUUUUCCUUCGCUGCAGUGUAACCUGACAGACAUCGGACAGACCUAAAGAGGCCUGAAGACAAACGGCACAGUAUAGUUACAGUCAGAUGAACUGAGCAUAGAAGAUGUGGUGUGUGUGCGUAUGUAUUAAUAAAUGAUGAGAUGAAUAAGUGAAGGCAGAGAUCAAAAGGAAAGUAAAUAAGAGGAAAAGCAGGCAAACCUGGAUCCACUUCGCCUUUAAAUCGCUCACAGAAACAAUCAUGAUUAUAUGUUUUAUAUCACUCUACUGUAUCAGCCGCCCAACAGGAUGGCAGGUGUUUUCUGGAUUGUUUUAUAUUUUUCAUAUUUGGCAAAAACCUAAUAACAGUGCUUUGCUCCCACAGUGAUUUUUUACAGUGUUUCUGUUUCAGUGUUUCAAGUAAACGCAUCACUUUAAAUACACAGAUCUCAAAAUGCCCGAAGCCACGAAGAGUCUGCGAUCAUCAGCCGUCACACCGCGAAGCGACGUCAGAAACAUGUGUGUGUGUGUAUAUAUAUAUAUAUAUAUAUAAAAAUAUAUAUAUAAAUAAAUAAAUAAAUAUAAAUAUAUAUAAAAUAUAUAUAUAUAUAUAUAUAUAUAAAUAAAUAAAUAUAAAUAUAUAUAUAUAUAUAAAUAUAUAUAUAUAUAUAUAUAUAUAUAUAUAUUCCCAGGUUAUUCUUAACAGCAAACUUAAUGUAAAAUUAUUAGAAUUUUUCAUAUUUAACAAAAAGUGGAACAGACUGAAAAAAGAAAUAAAGUGAAAAAAGAAUAAAGAAAAAGAAUCUAAAAAAUAAAAUAGAAAAAAAUAAAUAACAGAGAAAAGCAGUGGAGGAAAAAAAACAUGUAUUUAUUUUUUAUAUAGUAUAUACACAGCCUCUAUAUAUACAUAUAUAUAUAUAUAUAUAUAUAUAUAUAUAUAUCCAACAAAGACAAAGAGAUUCACGUCAGCUGAUGUUUUAAAUGCAGAAACACGUGACACCGCUUUGACUUUCGUCUCCUAACGUGUGAGUCAGUUCUCUAAACUGGAACUCUGCUGUGAAAUCCGAAACGAAGCGAUUGCAACUCACUGGAGAGCCGAACGGAUCGGUCGAUUAAUCGAUUAGUUGAUCGACGGCAGCUGUUCCGAUAAGCGAUUACUCGUUCGAGUAAACGUUUUGAGCAAGAAUGCUAAAAGAUGCAGCUGGUUUUCUGUUGGCUCUGCCGUAAAUAUUCACACAAAACAAAAGACCCAAACUGAAGCGCGAGGCCCGGACACGCAGAAACAUUUCUAUAAACAUCACGCAGAGCAAACACCAGAAGUGUGCUUUAUGCAGUAUAAAUAUUCAUCAGAUGUGUGUGUUUGUGUAUAAAUGUUCACUUUCUGACUCACUAUCUGUGAUGUUUUUAAAAAGAAAUCGUCGUCACGUUUAAUUCAUGAUGUCUUUUAUAUUUUUAUCGUCUGACUUGGUGAACUGUGUCUCAUUUAUUUUAUUUUGUUUUCGUAUCGGCUGUUUUUUCCCCUGAAGAUGAAGGCAGUCUUCUUCUUCUUCACUGUCACAUCUGUUUUAUUUCUGUUAUCUGCUUUCAUGUGUUUGUCUUGUAUAUGUGCAAAUAAGGAAACUAAAUAUGUGGAGUCUC